AUGAAGGUGUUUGUUUGCCUGAUUGUCUGCGUGAGCCUCGCCCAGGCUGGCUUCAUCGGCGGUGGCUACUCCGGCGGCGGCGGUGGCUACUCUGGCGGCGGCGGUGGCUACUCUGGCGGUGCACCCACCAUUGUCAAGGUGAUCCACGAGGAAGGUCAUGGACACGGCGGCGGCGGCUUCGAUCAUGGACACGGACACGGCGGCGGCGGUGAGGUCAAGAUUGUCAAAGUGAUUCAUGAGGAGGCACAUGGACAUGGUCACGGUGGCUUCGAUCAUGGACACGGACACGGCGGACAUGGCGCCGAAGUCAAGGUCAUUAAGGUCAUCCAAGAUGCUGGCUUCAGUCACGGCCACGAUCACGGUCACGGCCACGGUCACAGUCACGGCGGCGAUGUGAAAAUUGUCAAAGUUAUUCACGAGGAAGGCGGCGCCAUCGAUCACGGUCAUGGCGGACACUUUGCCGCUGACCAUGGCCACCACGUCGAGGACGUGAAAGUCGUCAGCGUCAUCAGUGAAGGCGGCUACGGCGGCGGUGCUGGCGGCGCUGGCUGGUCCGCCGGCGGCGGUGGCUGGUCCGCCGGCGGCGGUGGUGGCUGGUCUGCCGGCGGUGGCGGCGGCUGGGACUAA